AUGUCUGAAGUCACCAAGGUCGAGGAGCCGGUCGUUGCUCCCACAACUGAAACCACCGCAACAGAAGCGCCUAUUGUUGAGCCUGUCGCAGAGACCGUUGAGCCUACUACUGAGACUGAGGCUGUCACUGAGCCAGUCACUGAGCCAGCAGCGGAGGAGGCAGCUGUCAAGGAGGAAGUGAAACCUGUCGAGGAGGGAACUCUUGGCUACAAGGGACCCGGUUUACUCAAGGGUCUUAUUUUCCAAAAGAAGUUCUUCUGGUUCGGCUCCGAGCCUGUUGAGACCAAGAGCCUUUCCAGCUACCUGCGCGGAGAGAAGGAGGCUGCGGCUGCAAACCACAAUGCUGCCUGGGCCUCGCACACCGGAAAGGGUCUCUUGUUCUUCAGCAAGAAGGUCACCGACAAGGCAGCCCCUGCUGGUCUUUUCAACUUGUCCGAUGUCACCGAUCUCACCGAGGAGGGAACCACCGACUUUCACUUCACAUCCGGUGGCCACAAGCACACUUUCCAGGCUGCCACUCUCGCUGAGAGAGACAACUGGGUUUCCGUGUUGAAGACAAAGAUUGAGGAGGCCAAGGCCUUGGGCGAGACUGUCAAGGACAGCGAGGAGUACAAGAAGAGCCACAGCGCUUUGACCAAGCCAGUUGUCGCUGCCACAACUCCCAAGAAGGAGGCCAAGGAAGAAAAGGCUGAAGCCAAGGAGGAGAAGAAGGAAGAGAAAAAGGAGAUAAAGGAAGAGAAGAAAGAGGAGAAGAAAGAAGAGAAGUCCCGCAAGAGCCGUAGCGCAUCCCGCAAGCGUACAUCCAUCUUCGGUGGCAUCAACUUUGGUGGCAAGAAGGAAGACAAGGUUGAGGAGACCACGGAGACGCCAAUUGUUGCCGCUGCCACUGAGGAGCCAGCUGUUGCUGAGGCUACCCCUGAGGUCGUUGAGCCUGCCGCAGAGCCAACUGAGCCUGUCGCUGCCACCGAGGAGACUGUCCCAGCCACUGAGGCCGUCAAGCCAGCCCCAAGCAAGCGUAACAGCAUCUUCGGACAACUCCAAUCUCGUUUCUCUUCCAAGGGAGAGAAGAAGGAGGCUGAGGCCCCAGCUGUUCCAGCCAAGGAUGCUGAGGCAACCGAGCCAGUGAGCGAGACUGCCCCAGUCAUCCCCGCUGUCGAGUCCACUGAGCCACUCGCCACCUCCGUCGAGAGCCCAGCUACUGUCCCAACCGAGACAACCACUCUCCCCACCAACGGCGAGACCAAGACUGAGGUCCCAACCACCAAGAGCGACAAGCGCAAGAGCUCUCUACCAUGGAUGACCAAGAAGGAGAAGCCAACCAGUGAUGAGGAGGGCGAGAAGCCCAAGUCCCCCUUCGCCAAGUUGAGGGCUACCGUCAAGGGCAAGUCUUCCCCCAAGACUGAGAAGGUUGAGAAGACCCCCGAGACAAAGGCUGAGGAGCCUGAGACCACCCCAGAGGUCGCCGAGCCAGCGACUGAGGAGCCCGUUGUCAGUGAGCCAGUCUCAGCUGCCCCUGUCUCCACCACUCAGGUGACUGCAUCCGCCUAG